CCCGUCUCAUACUGAAAUAGUCCAACAUAAGACAAGUUGUUCUAAUUUCCUUAUUUUUUUUUAUAAAGGUAGGCCGAAAAAAGGUAAAAGAGUACAGUAAAAAUCAAACCUAAAACUUUCUAGAGAAAGUGAUAAAUCCUGCCUAAAAUAAGAUCUGAUUCUCUUAUGUCUUCCUCCCUGUUUUAACAACUUGCAUAACUUUUAUCCAUCCUCCAUUGACAUUAAUAUAUCUUUCCAUUAUAAGUACUCAUCUCAAAGACGUGGAAAACCAAUCAUGAACCUUAAACCUCUUAAUAUCCACCUUUCAUUUCCUCCAUUUCUUACGCCAUCUUUCCCUAUAAAUACCCUUAAAUUCAAUUAUGUUAUCACCAAACAAAAAAUGUCUCAUAACAAAUUUUUUCUUUUAUUAGUUCUCCUUUGUCUUAUCCUUAGCGCAGAUGCUCGGAUCCCGUUUUCUUGUGAUCCAAGAAACGGGUUAACCAGGGCACUGCGUUUUUGUAAGGUAAACCUCCCAAUACGAGUACGAGUACAAGACCUUAUUGGGAGGUUGACCUUACAAGAGAAGGUGAGAUUAUUGGUGAAUAAUGCGGCCGGAGUGCCGCGACUUGGUAUUCAAGGGUAUGAAUGGUGGUCUGAGGCUCUACAUGGAGUAUCCAAUGUAGGACCCGGAACUAAAUUCGGAGGUGCUUUUCCAAGUGCCACAAGUUUUCCUCAAGUCAUCACCACUGCUGCAUCCUUCAAUGCCUCGCUUUGGCAAGCUAUUGGACAGGUGGUGUCAAAUGAAGCAAGAGCAAUGUAUAAUGGAGGAAAAGCAGGAUUAACAUAUUGGAGUCCAAAUGUAAACAUAUUUAGGGACCCAAGAUGGGGUAGAGGUCAAGAAACUCCUGGUGAAGACCCCACUUUAUCAGCUAAAUAUGCAGCCAGUUACGUUAGAGGACUUCAAAGUAUUUACAAUAGGAAUAGAUUGAAGGUUGCUGCUUCUUGUAAGCAUUAUACUGCUUAUGAUCUUGACAAUUGGAAUGGCAUUGAUCGUUUCCAUUUUAAUGCCCGAGUGACAAAGCAAGAUUUAGAGGACACAUAUAAUGUGCCAUUUAAGGCUUGUGUACAAGAAGGACAAGUUGCUAGUGUGAUGUGCUCCUAUAACCAAGUUAAUGGUAAGCCAACUUGUGCUGAUGCUGAUCUGCUUCGCAACACUAUUCGUGGCCAGUGGCGCCUUAAUGGGUACAUUGUAUCUGAUUGUGAUUCAGUUGGUGUAAUGUAUGAUUCUCAACAUUACACAAGAACUCCAGAAGAAGCAGCAGCUGAUACAAUCAAAGCAGGUUUAGACUUGGAUUGUGGGCCCUUUUUAGCAGUACAUACUGAAGGGGCAAUAAGGAAAGGACUGUUGAAAGAAUCUGAUGUAAAUCAGGCCUUAACUAAUACCAUCACAGUCCAAAUGAGACUUGGAAUGUUUGAUGGUGAACCAGCAGCUCUACCAUUUGGAAAAUUAGGACCAAGAGAUGUUUGUACUCCAGCCCAUCAAAAUUUGGCCCUUCAAGCUGCCCAUCAAGGGAUUGUUCUUCUUCAAAAUCGGCCUAGAUCACUACCCUUGUCUCGAGCCCGCCACCGAACUAUCGCCGUUAUUGGGCCUAAUGCUGAUGCCACUGUCACCAUGAUCGGUAACUAUGCCGGUGUGGCAUGUGGAUACACAUCUCCUUUGCAAGGCAUAUCAAGGUAUGCAAGAACAAUCCAUGAAGCAGGAUGCAUAGGUGUUGCUUGCAAUAGCAACCAACAAUUUGGGCCAGCAAUAGCAGCAGCAACUCAUGCCGAUGCAACAGUCUUAGUAAUGGGCCUGGACCAAUCCAUUGAGGCUGAAGCCCUCGACAGGAAAUCAGUUCUUUUACCGGGCCAUCAACAAGACUUAAUUUUAAGGGUGGCCAUGGCCUCAAGAGGCCCAACUAUUUUAGUGUUGAUGUGUGGUGGGCCCGUUGAUGUCUCCUUUGCUAAACAUGACCCACAGAUUAGUGCUAUUUUGUGGGUUGGUUAUCCUGGUCAAGCUGGAGGUACUGCUAUUGCUGAUGUCCUAUUUGGUGCCACAAAUCCAGGAGGAAAGUUACCAAUGACAUGGUAUCCCCAAGACUAUGUAUCAAAGAUAUCAAUGGCGGACCUAGCAAUGCGGGCUAACCCAUCAAGAGGUUAUCCGGGCCGAACUUACCGUUUUUAUAAGGGCCCUGUUGUAUUCCCCUUUGGGUUUGGGCUAAGCUACACUCGUUUUACCCAAUCCUUGGCCCAUGCACCCACUAUGCUAAAGGUAUCUUUAUCUAACCAACUCACUAAUUCAAAUAUAACCACAUUGAAAACCAACAAUGCCAUAAGAGUGUUACAUACAAAUUGUGAUUCCACACCUUCCCUAAGCCUGCACAUUGAUGUCACAAACACCGGCGAGAUGGACGGGUCCCACACCAUCCUCGUAUUCUCGACUCCGCCCCAUGGGACCCACUCGCCUGAGAAGCAAUUAAUUGGGUUCGAGAAGGUUCAUGUGUUAGCCGGUUCACAACAACGAGUGAGGAUGAAAUUACAUGUUUGCAAGCAUCUUAGUAGGGUUGAUGAAUUUGGAAUUAAAAGAAUUCCAAUAGGUGAGCAUACAUUUCAUAUUGGGGAUGAUCUCAAACAUCAACUUUCUAUUGAUAUUGAUCAAGGAAUUUAAAAGAUUUUAGUAUGGUGAUAAAUUGGUAGUUAAAAUUAUAUAUACCAUGUAGUUUGUAAGAAGCUAAUUAAGUAUUGAUUAAGCAAAAGGUAUUAAGUACCUUGUGCUAUAUAGAGCGAUUGUUAUUGAGAAGUGUACAAAAAAUAUGUGUUAGUUUGAUUUAAUUUUCUCUGUUUAAUGUCCAUUAAGAUUGAUCUUAAUCACAAUUAUUAGAGAAAAGAUCUAUGCUACGUUUGAAGGGAUUCUAGUUGUUUUGUACAAGAUAUUAUACGUUAAACGUAUUGAACAUUUUCCUUAUCAAAUUGAAUUGCAUUAUCAAUGAAUAUACAAAUACGUAAACAGUGUGUAGAGGUGUGCAACGGGAUACACAUAUUCUGUUAAAUGCCUGUGAUCGGCUUGUUAUUAAAACGGUUAGCCAUUAAAAAUUCAAAAUCAUGAAAAAUAUGGAGAAAUCCGAAGUAAAGAUAAAUCUUGAAAAAUCAGAAAUGAAAAAAAAAAUCAAAUUUAAAACUGUGAAUAGUUUCUUUUUAAUGACAACAUUUAAAUAAGGCGAUAGAGUGACUACGGCUUGGCGACUGCACCAAAAUUGGCGACAA